AAUUCCUUUUCGUGCCGGGUCAUCACUUGAAAACGUGACUUAACUUAAAUUAGGAUACAUUAUUUUGAAUUUCAAAGUUCUUACUCAAGUGAUCAAUUUAUUUACAAUCGAACACAUACCACGCGAUCUGCAACCACGGCCCGUUCAUGAAAUCGCUUUGACACUGUAGCCAUUCCUUUGACAGACGCGUUCCCGCCAAAAGCGUUCCGAGUGGAUUGAUGCAGGCAAAUGUUCUAAGUUCUUCCCAAUAAGCAUCAGAAAAAUUUGAUAAUGCGAAGAACUCCUGCAGCAGUGAUUAAUAAUAAGAGUGAAAUUCGCGUGAAAUCGAAAUGUGACGGAAUUAAAGUACAAAAAUCAAGAGUAAAGCUAUCCAGGAGUUUUGCUGACCAAAGGAAAUCAAAAAAUGUAAAGAGACAUAGUUUGCCCGCUUCCUUAGACCAACCACAAUCUCCGGAAAGAAAGCGACGGAAAAAUCAGCUCGAAAAGUUGCAGUCAAGUUUGAGUCCGGAAUAUAUUGGCUUUGGCGUUGUGACCGGGAAACGCAGUCGCUACGGCCGUGCACAGAAGCUUAAGGAGGACGAUGACUUUUUACCAACGCAGAUCGCUUGCUACGUUAGGAGAACUCCACCGAAAGUUAAGUAUGUAGCCCAGUCGAAUGGCUAUGUCCAGAAGAUCGCCCCGUACGAGAGCCCUAUUGAGAAGCUCAUCAAGAAGAACAAAAUGCUUGCUAACAACAGUAGCCGAGAGAGUACAGAAAGCCCGGAAUCUGAAAAGGAUAAAGAGGCAGCUCUAUUUAAGGAGCUAGGCAUAAGUACAAUCAACAACAAUGAACCUACAGAGGAGAACAACGACUUCCUUGACUUUAACGACGAACCGAGAUAUUCCGGCAGCUUUCUGCCCUACCUCAAAUCACCAUCUUCUCACUCGACAGACAGUGCGAAAGGAUCGUCCAUCGAUUUGGAAAUUGAUUUUCCUGUACAGUCUGGUGACAUCUUUUGGGCGAGAAUAUCGCCCUUCCCUUAUUGGCCUUGCAUCGUCUGGCCUGAUCCGAACGGGCGAACAAUUGUUCUGAACAACAACAAAGUGCAAAGACGAAGUGUAAAAAUCCAUGUGAGGUUUUUUGGGGACAAUGGUCGGCGUAGUUGGGUACAUAAAUCCAAUAUGCUGCCUUAUAGUGGCCGUGAAGAUUUUGAUAAACGAGGCGAGGAAUUCCUAAGGAAAUUCGGUAAGAAACAUUCCAUAUCUCGUGCAUUUGAAGUGAAUAUGAAGAAGAAGUUCACUUGGGAGAAGGCUGUAGCCGAGGCAGAUGAAGUGAGUGCGCAUCCUAAUGAAGAACGGCAGCGCAUUUUCGAUAUGGUUUUGGAGAAAAGUCGGGAAAUGAUGACAACUGAACGUUUACGAAGGCGUCAAUCGGUUACUGAGAGCCGCAUAAAUAAUUCACUUUUAAAUCCAGAUGCUAAAAUCAAAAGAGAACGCUCACCCGGGAUUGAAAGCGAAGGAGCCCCCCAUGCCGAAGCACAAGUUAAACGGGUAAAAAUGGAAACUAGUUUCGGUUCAGAUGAAACAACCGCUUUUAAUAUAGAAAAUAGUUCAGAUGACACUCAUCUGUUCGACGACGAGGAGUACACCCUUUUCUACGAGCUAAUUAGACUGUACAUUCUAAAUAAGAAAAACCCCACGCUAGAAAAGCAUUUGCAAGAAAAUGUACGGAAAAUAUGGCGUCUUCGACGUUUGUCCCAAGGUACAGAUGAAAGGCGCUCUACCAUGAACAUCCGGAAAUUGGGGGCACGAUUGCGGGAAUUAAGUAAAAGUCCUCCUGCUCCGCCGAAAAAGACGAUGCAACCGGAAAAUCGUUCAGAUAGCGCGAAAUCGGAGAAGAAAGGUUCAAAACUGAUAGAAGAAGUCAUUGAAGACAUCAUGGAACUUGGCAAGAAUUAUCUUUUCAAAGGCCUUAGUAAAGAGUCAGUAUGUAAAGAUUGUCAUUGUCCCUCAAAUCUAGUUAAAUGUAGUGGGAAUUGCCAAUCUUUGAUUCACAAAGAUUGUAAUAAUUCUUCUCGAAGCGUGCAUGUAACGGGAGAUUUAGAAGAAUAUCGAGUGAAUAUGGAAAAUUCUAUAACAAACAACCAACCAAUGUGUUCAGAGUGCUCCUCGGGUGAAUUCCCGAAAUGCUUCGUUUGUAAAAAGCAUGAAGAAGGCACGGGAAACAUAAUUAAGUGUCACGUUAAUUGGUGUUCCUAUCACUAUCACAUAGAAUGCCUGAAAUAUUGGCCACAAUCAAAAAUAACUAAAUCAUCAGCAAAAAUCGAAAGUCUACUUUGUCCAUCACAUGUAUGCCAUACGUGUGUCUCUGACGACCCCCGUGGAAAAUUUUUCCAAAUAGAUAAAUCAAAACUGGUGAGAUGCGUCGAAUGCCCAGCAACAUAUCACUCUGACUCGUUCUGUAUACCAGCAGGCACAAAAUUUCUCACAGCCACACAAAUUGUUUGCCCUCGCCAUGGCAAACAUGACAAACUUAAUGUAAAUGCGAACUGGUGCUUCAUUUGUGCAGCCGGAGGCCGGCUAAUCUGCUGUGAUACAUGUCCAACAGCUUUUCAUUUGGAAUGCCUUAAAAUUCCGCAACCAGAUGGUAAUUACAUAUGUGAAGAAUGUGAAACGGGGCGCCUACCACUUUAUGGUGAAAUGGUGUGGGCGAAAUUAGGCAAUUAUCGAUGGUGGCCAGCAAUAAUUAUACCUCCUCCUGAAGUACCAAAAAAUUUGCAAACAAAGAAACACGAAUCGAGUGAGUUCUGCAUUCGGUUUUUCGGAACCAAUGAUCACACUUGGAUAAACCGAAAUAGAGUAUUUUUGUACCAAGAAGGGGAUUGGGGAAAGGUGUCUAAUACGAAAGGUAUUAACCAAUCUUACAAACAAGGCUUAGAGGAAGCGAAAAAGAUAUCCGAGCUGUUGAAGAAAACCAAACAGUUGAAAGCAAAUCCAAGGAAAGACAAAGGCUUAGCACCACUGCCAUAUACAAAAAUAAAAUUCAACCGUCCAGUACCUCCUGUGAAAUUGCAAGAAACAGACAUAAGUGAAUUGACGCCAUGCGACUGCAAUCCCCAGGAUGAGGAUCCCUGUGGCCCUUAUUCGGGUUGCUUAAAUAGGCUACUCAUGACCGAAUGUAAUCCGAAGGUAUGCCCUGCUGGGCCUAAGUGCCAAAAUCAACUUUUCGAGAAACGUCUAUACCCACCGUUGAAAGUUUAUUGUACAGAUGGCCGCGGAUGGGGUUUGAUUUGUGAAAACGAAAUUAAAAGUGGAGCUUUUAUUAUUGAAUACGUGGGAGAGGUAAUUGAUGAUGCAGAAUUUCAGAGGCGAAUCGCUCAAAAGCAAGAAGAAAAGGAUGAGAAUUAUUAUUUUCUGACUUUGGAGAAAGAUUAUAUAAUUGACGCUGGCCCCAAGGGAAACAUGGCAAGAUUCAUGAACCAUUCCUGCGAACCGAAUUGUGAGACACAGAAGUGGACAGUGAAUGGUUUAACACGAAUAGGACUUUUUGCAAUCAAGGACAUACCAGCGAAAACUGAGUUGACGUUCAACUAUAAUUUGGAAUGCUUGGGAAGUAGUAAAAAGAUAUGUCAUUGUGGAUCAGAAAGAUGUUCAGGUUUCAUCGGCUCUAAAUAUAAAGAGAAUGAAAAAGAGAAAUCAACGCCCAAAUCGACAUCGGCACCCAGAAGCAAAAGUAAACUUAAAGCAAGGGAGAGACGUUCAACGACACACAUGUAAACCGUUCAUAAUCAUUCAUUCGCAUGAGCAAUUGAAACUGUUUAAGUAAUAACAUAAACUUCCUGGGAAAAAUAAGUUCAGAUGUUACCAAAAAAAAAUCAUUUUUAAACAUGUCGUUCAAAGCAGCUUGGUUAAGUCGUUAGUGGAAAUGUUGGAAGUGAAACGCGUGUAGUCUAUUUGAAACUGUUGACAUCGUUAUUAAUUUUUCUCCCACAUAUAUGUAAGUUUUAACCGAUGUAGUCUAUUUUUAUAUAGGAUUCUUUGUUAAUAUUAUGAGAUAAAUAGCAAGGCAUUUUCUCGCGUGUAAAUCAAUUUAUUGAUAGAGUUAUAUCUUGUAAUUUAUUGGUCAAAUAUAGUUUCGUACAAGAAAAUUA